AUGGUCGUGAUCAUAAAAUCUGGGACUUCUCAGUCUGGUUUGACUCUACGAGCUUUGAUGGAUAAAGAGAUCGAGGAUGGUUGUUCCUCUGCGUCAUCGGCUACGAGCGUGCCUUGCAUUCACCGGAGAAAAUAUUGGUGGAAUGGAAAGAAGAAGGAAGAAAAGAAGGAACCAACCAAUAAUAAGAAGAAGAUGUUUGAUUGUUGUGUUUGGUGGGAUUCUUGUUACAAACAUUUGUUCUUCUAA